CCUCACCCCCCUCUCUGCCCGUCAUGGAGGAAGCACUUCACGCAGUGGGCACCACAACCACUGUGCUUCGAAGUCUGCGCCACCUCGAGCGUCCUACCAAGCACGCAAAGUUCUUCCAGGCAGGCAAACCUUCCCAAGCCGGCGGAUCCAAGAAGUUCGUUCAGCCAAGGGACCGAGUACCCUUUUGGAACAUCGUGCCCGGAGAUAUCGUCAAGCUGAACACAGGCAAUGUUGCACGGCAAUUCGGUCUUGACCCCAAUGAGAAGGUCAGGGGAGAAGGAAGGGUGAUUAGUGUCGAUCGCGAGAAGAACACUGUGCUCCUGGCCAACCUCAACGAAGAUCACCCACUCGUACCUCACAACACUGCCCACAACACUCCUCGUCUUCUGGAUCCCAAUAAGCCCGAAAGAGGUUUCGGUCCCACUACCUACACAGUCCCUCGUCCCAUUCACUAUAGCAAUCUCACCCUCAAGAUUCCCGAUCUAGAGGACACUUACGCCCUCCGCAUCAUCAAGAAGAAUCUGCAUUUCCACAAGGCCUCGAAGAUGUGGCGCUGGCAGCGCUAUGCCGUGAUUCGCAAUCGAGACGGGAUCAACGAGAAGAUUGAAGUGCCGUGGCCAAAGACGAGGAAGACGGCUCCUCCCCCCAAGCCGGACGCUUCAGGGCGGAGAGAUGUAGAGGAAGAGACGUGGCUGCCGUGGGCUCCUUCGGAUCCCGUGCAUCUGCUACCAAAGCCUCCUCGCAAUUCGGCUCACAGUGUCAGCGACGUCGUAGAGCGUCUAGCUGCCCUCGAGGUAGCUCGUGUGGCCAAGGAGCAGGAGUCGGCCGAUCUGUACAAGGGCACAAGUCAAGGUCGCUAUCCUGGUUUCCAGACAAAGAAGCUCUUCACCCCUCCUCCUGUUCCACAGGAACCAAAUGCGGCCGAGGUCCUCGCUUUGGCAAAGAAGUCGAUGUCCAUCUGGGCUUCCUCACAACAGGCUCACGCAUCUCAGGGUGGUCGUUCCUUUGCCGCCUCUGAUUACCUCAGUCUUGCACCUCAAGUUGGUCCAGUGGCAGGUGGAAGCUGGCAGCUACCCAUUGCCGAUACUCUCGUGGGCACCGAAUCCUUCGAGCGUGAUCCAUCCACGGGUACCCUACUAAGUGUACAAAAGCAUCAAGGUCUAACCUCUAAAGUCCAUUUGGACUCGAUGCCCGUCGAACUCCUCAUGAAGGACGAGCUUAGCAAUGAGCUUGGAAGGAAGUGGAGACAACAGAGGUGGCAAGCACGCCUAGUUCGCAAGGCAAAAUUGGCAAAGAGUAUGACUAGGAGAGAACAGAGUAAUAAGCGUGCACUGAGGGAGUAUCUUGCUGAAAAGGUAAAGGCCAGUGUACCUGCAGGAGUGGUGGGAGGAGGAGGAGCGAUGAUGGGGUUGGGACAGGCGAUUGGAGGACAGGGUAUUACGACGACUACUUCGGGCACGGGGAAGACGGCACCCACAUCGACGUCGACAUAGCCUAGAGGUACCUUUUCUCACGUCGAUGUAAAUGUCAUCCUGCUCUGCAAUGCAAAUCAAUGACAGCUCUUCAAACACUUCUCCCUCGUCGGACAGUUGUACUUAGAGGGCUUGAGAAUGGUGUGCGUUCAUUAUGACAAUCGAUCC